CCGGGGCUCGGAGGCACGCCCCGGUCUGGCGCGCGGGCGUCACGUGAGCAGCGCCGGCGGAGUCAGCUGAUCGCGGCGCGGCGGCGGCGGCGGCAGCGAUGGACUUUCUCCUAGGAAACCCCUUCAGCUCCCCCGUGGGGCAGCGCAUCGAGAGAGCUACAGAUGGAUCUCUGCGGAGCGAGGACUGGGCUCUCAACAUGGAGAUCUGUGAUAUCAUUAACGAGACUGAAGAAGGGCCCAAAGAUGCCUUCAGAGCCAUAAAGAAGAGGAUUGUAGGGAAUAAGAACUUUCAUGAAGUUAUGCUGGCUUUGACGGUCCUGGAGACAUGUGUUAAAAACUGUGGCCAUCGCUUCCAUGUCCUUGUGGCCAGCCAGGACUUCGUAGAAGGUGUCCUGGUGAGAACGAUCCUGCCGAAGAACAAUCCUCCUGCCAUCGUGCAUGACAAGGUGCUGACCCUUAUCCAGUCCUGGGCAGAUGCCUUCCGGAGCUCCCCGGACUUGACAGGUGUUGUCACUGUCUAUGAAGACCUGAGGCGGAAAGGUCUGGAGUUCCCCAUGACUGACCUGGACAUGCUGUCACCCAUCCACACACCACAGAGGACUGUGUAUGGCUCUGACUCACAGUCUGGACAGAACUCACCUGCGGUCAACUCCCCUCAGCGGAUAGAGUCCCUUCUCCAGCCUGGCAGCCUGCCCAUGGGGACAGGCACUUCCAGCGAUGUGCCCAUCACACCCACGCCAGAGCAGAUUGGGAAACUGCGCGGUGAGCUGGAAGUGGUGAAUGGGAACAUGAAGGUGAUGUCAGAGAUGUUGACAGAGCUGAUGCCAGCCCAGGCUGAGACUUCCGACCUGGAACUGUUGCAAGAGCUGAAUCGGACAUGCAGAGCCAUGCAACAGCGUGUGCUGGAGCUGAUUCCCCGUGUCCUCCAUGAGCAGCUCACCGAGGAGCUACUCCUCAUCAAUGACAACCUCAACAAUGUGUUUCUCCGCCAUGAAAGGUUCGAGCGUCUUCGGACCGGACAGCCUGUUAAGAUGCCAAAUGAGGCAGAGAACAGCUUGAUUGAUCUGGGACCCAGUGCUGCUUCUGCAGUGAGACAAUCUGAAGCUACCAACAAUCUCUCCUCUCAGCUGGCUGGAAUGAACCUGGGCUCGAGCAGUGUGAGUGCAGGGCUGCACUCCCUUGACACCUCUGGCAAGUUGGAAGAAGAGUUUGACAUGUUUGCCCUGACUCGUGGCAGCUCACUGGCUGAGCAGCGCAAAGAGAUGAAGUACGAAGAUCCCCAAGCCUCCAAAGGACUUGCUGGCGCCCUGGAUGUCCGGCAGCAGAACACGGGAGUGGUGCCAGUCCCCCAAGCCAAUUUCAUGGAAGACAUAGAGAAGUGGCUGUCCACUGAUGUGGGAGAGUCAGAGGAUGCGAAAGGUGUCACCAGUGAAGAGUUUGACAAGUUCCUGGAAGAGCGAGCAAAAGUUGCAGACCGGCUACCCACUUUGUCCAGCUCCUCAGCAGGGACGUCUGUCUCCCCUCCUGCUGCCAGCCAUCAUCGGAAGCAGGCAAAGGAAGAUGAUGCUAUGUUUGCCUUGUGAACACUACAGAUUGGUGUGCUGUGGAGUAAGAGGCUGUGUGUGUUGUUUUGCUCGCCUCUGACCAGGGGCCAGCAGGGGAAGGACUCUGUCCCCUUCCUCCACUCUAUUCCUGUUUUUCUUUUGAGUUGUUUUUAUUUUUAAGCUGCUUUCAGAUUCCAGAUAAUCAUUGUUGUGUUUAGGGAUGUCACGCAAUAGACUUGCGAAGGGGGGUUUCAAAGCUGCUAGAGAACAUGGAAGUUCAGUGGACUUUUUUUUGGUACAAUGUGGGCAAAGCAGAAGCUCCCCAUCUCUCUCUCCAGUGAGGUGACCACAAAUCUUGCCCAAGAAACAGGAGAGGCUGCUGAAACUUUCCUGCGUGCCUCUUUCCUAUCCCUCUCCAUAGAAUGGGUCUCCAGCCCACUGCCUAUCACUCUUAGACUGGAAAGCCUGGGGAUCCGCAGCAUUAAAGCCAGUAAAGGAAGAACACUAAUGGUAGUCUGUCCCUGUUACUCUAGCCUCUCUUGCACAAGUACUUGUGGUAUGCAACACCUUCCCACUCACAACCUCUUCUCUUCCUCUUCCUGUCCUCCCCUUCCUCAUCAGUUUAUCCAGAAUUCUACCCACAACCUGUAUGUUUCCGUUGCAUGACAGCCAGUUACCUAAUCCUAUGGCUGCACACAGGGCUUGAGCUGUGCAUGGUUCCCAAUCCAUGGGCUGAAGAGGCUGUCUGUUAUGGGGUAGGAUGUGCCUUCCGCAAACUCUUUGCAGUUAAUUUAAUUGUUGUAUUAUUAUACUUUCCUCCCCUCUUUUCCCCAUAUGAUUCACUUCUGUCUCUCACUUCCACUGAUGCCUUCCACCACAUCAUCCUGUGGUGUCAGGCAGUCUCUCUGAGCCUCUAAUCAAGCCAAUGCUAGAGGUUCCCUCAGGGUAGCUGUGUAUGCUGGGGCAGCCAUGUCCCCUGAAGGAAGAGGCCCUUAUGGUAGGCACUGUUAUACCAGUGAGAACAUUCUGUUUCUGGGGUAGUUUGUUCAGCUGGUGAGCACAGAGGUAGAUUAAGACAUUAGUCAUCUCAUGCCAGCAGCCCUGCUGCAGCGAGGAGCUCCUUUGCACAUGGAGAGAAAAACCCUUCUAAGCAAACCGCACAUGUUACCUAAUUUCAAACAGCAGCAGGGGAGGAGGGUGCCAAGCCUGGGGCUCCUGCUUAUGGUAUUUCUUGUUGAAUGUGGAAGAGUUGCUUUUUUUAUUGCAUAUUAAAGGAGCAAACUCUUGAACCUCC